AUGCUUACAGAAUACCCGAACUACGUGCAAGAGUUGUACUUUGGCUUUAAAGUAGUAAUGUUUAUAUCACUUUUAGGCGUUCUCAUGUCGGAGAUAUUUCCAGAAUUGUUACAAGUUCCUCCAAAGACGGAACUUUUGAUGAACCAACAAGCCUUUCUUGAUUAUGCGUCUGAAAGAUUAUCUUACUUUGUAUCCACUGCUCACGAAUGGACAUUAAUUGAAGCUUUUGGUUUCAUUUUGAAAAUAGGGAUAUCCACUCUUGUCUUCUGUGUUGCAAUCAUUGUGGUUAGUUGUACUACAGUGGUAAAAUUUUUAUAUGAUGUUAUUUCAUUAUCAUCCCAGAAUUUUGGACGAAGCAUCACGGCGGGUAUUUUGUUGUUGCUGUAUCUCAUGUAUGGGGCCGUGGUUUCUCAUAAUCAUGCGCAAAGAUCCAAGCAAAGCAUAUUUAUGUUGACAAUGAAUAGCCAAGGUCGCAGUCAAAGAAAUCGUAUUUUGAUCCCAGAAGUUAAUAAUUCGUUAUUUGAAUACCUUUACAAUAAAUUUCAGACUCGGUAUUUCAUGUUUUUGGCAGCAUUCAAGUCGAACAAUUCACAUUAUAAUUUUCCACGUAUUGAUUUUACGAUGCUGGCUCCUCAAAUUCUUGACCAAAUAGGACCAGAACUUCAUUCAUCUCCAUUCAACUCAACACUUCUUACAACUGAAUUGUAUAAGUCCACAAUGGACAAAUCAGUUCCGAUAGUUACACUUCUUGGACGUGACGAAUUGCAUUUCAAAUCACUCAAGCAUUUCAAGGUAUGGUUUUUGCGUCAACAUUCUCAUGGACAAAAUACUCCUUGUGAAUCGUCAAAGCGAUUAGCUCAUUUGAAAAGAGAGCUUAAAAGAAAUAUGUCUCGUGUUCACGACUCACCAAAACCUGAAAGUGUGCAAGAAUUACUGGCACAGAUAUCGUUGUUUACGUCAUUACCAUAUCUUCUGUUUUAUUCUGGAUCAGCGGUGUUUGAAAUUUUAAGAUAUUCCACUUGGAACUCAUACCCAUGGCUCAACCAUCAAGUGUUGAAAAUCGUCAAAAGAAACCCUUCUAUUGACUUCAAUCAUUUGAUGUACAUUCUAGUAAAAAUUCCCUUGAAGGUUCCAAAAUCAUUUCCUCUUCGUCACACGCCUCGACAAGCACUUCAAAGUGCCAAUUAUUUCCGUGGUGAAGAGUUAUCAGAUUAA